AUGGCAUUUACAGGAACUUUGGAUAAAUGCAAGGCCUGUGAUAAGACUGUUUACGUGGUUGAUAUGUUGUCCCUUGAAGGAUUACCUUAUCAUAAAUCCUGCUUCAAAUGCAGCCACUGCAAAGGGUUUCUCUCGAUGAGCACCUAUUCCUCCAUGGAUGGAGUCCUCUAUUGCAAACCUCAUUUUGAGCAGCUCUUCAAGGAAUCUGGGAAUUUCAGCAAGAAUUUCGCAAAGUCUGCUGAGAAACAGAAUGAAGUACUGAAUAGGGCACCUAGCAAGCUCUCUUCCAUGUUCUCUGGAACCCAAGACAAGUGUGCGACUUGCUCGAAAACGGUCUAUCCACUGGAGAAGGUGACACUUGAGGGAGAAAGUUACCACAAGUCAUGCUUCAGGUGUGCUCAUGGGGGCUGUCCCCUUACACAUUCAUCUUAUGCUGCUCUUGAUGGAAUCCUUUACUGCAAGGUCCAUUUCGCUCAGCUCUUCAUGGAGAAAGGAAAUUAUAGCCAUGUUCUCCAGGCUGCUAAGAAAAAUACAACACAACCAAAAGAAGGAGCUGCUGAAGAGCCCCAAGACCCAGCCCCAGCUCCAGAAGCUGAGCCAGAACCAGAAGAACCAAAGGACCAGAGUGACCAGUCAGAAGAGAAAUCUUAA